AUGGACGCCCAGCUCAAGCCGGAGAAGAUCAAGCGAGGCUACAGAGCCUGCAGGAAAGCGAAAUGCGACUUGGGCGACAUCGACGCACCCUCGUCCCCUCCCUGCUCCCGAUGCAAGCGAGAGUCUCGUGAAUGUGUGUUCGCUCCCUCUCGCCGUGGUGGGAACAAUCGAAAGAGAGAGACCAAGGAGUCAUCAGAAGAGCAAUCCCUUUCGUACCCACCACACGCCUCGCCCACCCCCUCGCCCAAACGCCGUCGCCUUCACCUCAAUCCUCCUCUUCACGACGCCGAUCCAAGCAGCAUAGUAGUCGCAGACAUGCAGAACGAAUCCGAUGCUUUGCAGAUACUCGCCCUAGCUAGCGGCCAAGCGGCAACCAAAGAGAGCAUAGUCGGCGGUCGCGGUAAGCGAAAUCAAGAAAUCUACAUGCACGAGAAGAGCGGCCAAGCGACCACCGUCAACAACAUCUCCGACUUCAAACGAUUCUACGAACGCAGAAAGAGUGAUCAAGCUCCUGUAUUAGAAGAUUUUCCAUUGAUAAAACUUGGCGUGCUCUCCGCCGAACAGGCGAUAAGACUGGUGGAUCGAUACUUCCGAUAUUACCAUCAUCUGACAUCGCUUAGACGAGACUCCAGGAUCCCGAGAGAUUCACGACAAGGCUUGGGCAAUUAUGAGAAUGUUCAAUCGCUUGGUGCUCCUCCCACCAUCGGUCUCGUAGAAUCUCUUCUCCUCCUAGCGGAAAACCUACCACGCAGUCCCCCUCUAGUCAGCCCUCUCGAGCUCAACGCCGCCGGUGCUCGGGAAGAGCCCCACGGGGACGAGAACCGCCAAGGUUGGCAACUGAUCGGGCUCGCUGUGAGAAGUGCGUAUGAGCUAGGUCUGGAUAAAAUGGCCUUGCGAAUAUUAUCAGACUCGGAAAGGACUCUCGAGAUAGAAAGGGCUCGAGUGGCUUGGACAUACCGACACGUGUCAAUCCGUCUCGGCAAAGGCUUCUGGGCCCGAGGCGCCGCGGUCUGCUUCCAAGGCUUCUCAUCCUCGGCUCAGAGCGGCCCAUCCGCGGGAUUCGGCAACUUCCCCUUCCUCCGUGGGAUUGCAGAUGAUCAGGAACACCCACAGGAAGAUUACGGGAAUCUGAUCCAGGCUUACCUAGAAUUAACCCAACUAAUGAGCAAUGCGCAUGACACGCUGUAUCCAAAUGCAGCGAGAACGAGAUCUCUUGUCAUCCACGGCGAAUACUUCAAGUACCUUGACGAAGUGAGUUUAUACCCCGUCAACACCGCUGACCCCAGUUCGCUCGCUCCCUCGAUGCAUUCAAAAUCCUCUGGGUCAAAAAACGGUGGAAGAUGUUCCCUCUCACCGAUAUCAUGUGGACAAUGUUCUACUACACCCAGCUAUACAUCUGCGCCUUCAGCUUUAGCAACGAUCCGAGCCGAGGAAGAAUAUCGAACCAAAACCACCACUUCCCUCAAGCUCAGCCUUUUCCCCAGGGGCGCAGCGCAAUCGCCAGACGCCCGAUACAUUUUCCACAUGUGUGAUGCAGCUCGAGAGAUAUUGACCAUCUGUGUGGACAAGCUCUACCCUGGAGGGGCACUGCCUUACCUUCCCACCCGCCAUGUGCUAUGGUUCACCUACGCUGCGAUCGUGCUUCUCAAAGCUCUUUAUUCUGGAGCAAUGCUUCGCGGGGAUCACCAAAAAACCUUCAACCUCAUCGACAAGUUGUGCCACUGCCUCAGCCAAACAUCCGUCGACCCCAACUACCCUGCUGUCAGGUAUGGCCGUCAACUCGAAGCCCUGCGCAAGAAGCUCGCUGUGUUAUCAGACGCGAACACCACACCCAGUACCUUGCCGGAAUCACGGGUCAAUCACGAUUGGGAUGGAAGCGAGUUAUAUAGAGAUUCCACGUAUCAGCCGAUGCCACCGAUGCACGAUUGGGGUAAUGCUCCCCCCACCAACACCGCUCCGUACGCCCAACAACCUAUGUCUGACAUUGGCUCCGGUUCAUACCAAGGAGUCGAGGCUGGAUUUGGCUUGGCAUCGACGUAUGGUCCUACGGAUAACUUGUUUGGGUUUAUAUCAAAUUGGCAAGGCGACGGCAUGCCUCAGGCUGUGGGAGAGACAGGCGAAAUGGAUUUAGGAGAUUUUUGGGUGCAAGUGGGCCCAGGAGAGGGCGGUUUCCCAUUCCGUUGA